AUGUCAGCUCCAUGCCAUUGCCUGGCCCCAAAGGCCAACAUACCUGCUCUUGACGACAAAUAUCUCUCAGAUGAUCCCGCCCAUCCAGCAAAUUUGAUUUGUGAGCUUUGUCGUUUGUUUUACGACAAUAAUUGGGUGACGGGAACAGGCGGUGGAAUCUCCAUUCGUGAUGUCAAAGGUGAAAACCCAAAUCUUGUAUACAUUGCACCUUCAGGGAUCCAAAAGGAACGGUUACAGCCCUGGGAAAUGUUUGUCGUGGACUUGAAUGGAGAAAAACUCUUGCGGACUCCAAACGAAUGUCCACAAGAACUCACAAAACUGUACAAGUAUAAGCCAAGUGCUUGUACCCCUUUAUUCAUGAGCUGCUACACUAUGCGUGAAGCCGGUGCAUGUAUCCAUACCCAUUCACAAAGUGCCGUGAUGUGUACCUUAUUGUGGGGUGAUAAAGUUGAAUUUGAAAUUUCUCAUAUUGAACAAAUCAAGGCAUUGCCCCAACUCAAGCUUAACGAGUCCACCAGCAAGAUUGAAAAAGUGGGAAGUAUGCAAUAUUAUGACAAGUUGGUGAUCCCCAUCAUAGAAAAUACUCCUCAUGAGGAAGAUUUGACAGACAGUCUUCAAGAAGCCAUUAGAAACUACCCUGGAACAACCGCCGUAUUGGUACGCAGACACGGUAUAUAUGUGUGGGGUGAAGAUGUAUGGAAAGCAAAGGUCUAUAAUGAGGCACUCGACUAUUUGUUGGAGCUUGCAGUGAAGAUGAAAACUGCCGGUAUGGACACUGUCAGAAAGUAG